GGACAAUUGAGCGUCGCUCUUACACGUGAUCUAAGCGCCACUUUUUGAUUGUCUGCCUCGGGGGCGCGGCGUUUGGGCGCGGACGCUCCGGAUUGGCGCUUCGGGGUAGGGAGGCGGGACUCUGGCUACAGCCGCGGGAGGUCCGGACACUGGCGGCCAUGGGACUCGCCGGUAACAGAGGACACAUAUCUUAGCUGGGUUGCUCUAGGAACUGAUGUCUAAAACACACCAGCAUGGCCUGUAGAGGAGGAGGGGACCACGUCAAGCUUCCUUCACCUCCACUCUCCUCAGUUAACCCUGGAAGCUUUGCCACCUGUCCAACUAGUUUUCAUAAUAUAUGCAUGGUAUCUGACUUCUUCUACCCAAAUAUGGGAGGAGUGGAAAGCCACAUAUACCAGCUCUCUCAGUGCCUGAUUCAAAGAGGGCACAAGGUCAUAAUUGUCACCCAUGCUUAUGAAGAUCGAAAAGGCAUCCGUUACCUCACAAAUGGCCUCAAAGUCUAUUACUUGCCUCUGAAAGUCAUGUACAACCAAUCUACAGCUACGACGCUCUUUCACAGUCUGCCAUUACUCAGGUACAUAUUUGUCCGGGAGAGAGUCACAGUAGUCCAUUCCCAUAGUUCUUUUUCUUCCCUGGCCCAUGAUGCUCUCUUCCACGCCAAGACAAUGGGGCUCCAUACAGUCUUCACGGACCAUUCCCUCUUUGGAUUUGCUGAUGUCAGCUCGGUGCUCACAAACAAGCUUCUAACUGUGUCGCUUUGUGACACAAACCACAUCAUUUGUGUCUCUUAUACUAGUAAGGAAAAUACUGUACUAAGAGCAGCACUGAAUCCUGAAAUAGUGUCCGUCAUUCCUAAUGCGGUAGAUCCUACUGACUUCACUCCAGAUCCAUGUAAGAGGCAUGGUAGUAUAACUAUUGUUGUUGUCAGCAGACUUGUUUACAGAAAAGGUAUUGAUUUGCUUUGUGGCAUAAUACCUAAACUCUGUCAGAAGUAUCAAAAUUUAAAUUUUAUAAUCGGAGGAGAGGGACCAAAGAGAAUCAUUCUGGAAGAAGUGCGGGAAAAAUACGAGUUACAUGACAGGGUACGUCUUUUGGGAGCUUUAGAACACAAGGAUGUUAGAGAUGUCUUAGUUCAAGGACAUAUUUUUCUUAAUACCUCCCUUACCGAAGCAUUCUGCAUGGCGAUUGUGGAAGCAGCCAGUUGUGGUUUACAGAUUGUAAGUACGAGGGUUGGUGGAAUUCCUGAGGUGCUUCCAGAAAAUCUCAUUGUUCUGUGUGAACCUUCAGUAAAAUCUUUGUGUGAAGGACUGGAAAAGACUAUUUUGCAGCUGAAUUCCGGGGCACUUCCAACCCCAGAAAAUAUCCAUAAUAUAGUAAAGACUUUCUACACCUGGACGAAUGUUGCACAGAGAACUGAAAAGGUGUACGAGCUAGUCCUGAGCGAAGACGUGCUGUCCCUGAAUGAGCGACUGGAUAGACUCAUCUCUCACUGCGGCUCAGUCACAGGCCACAUGUUUGCUCUGUUGGCUGUGCUCAACUAUCUGUUCCUUAUCUUCCUGAGGUGGAUUAUCCCGGAUUCUCUCAUUGAUAUUGCAGUAGAUGCCACUGGGCCAAGGGGUGCCUGGACUCAUCACUAUCCUCACAGUGAGAAAAGGGAUGAUAAUGAGAAAGUGUCUGAAACCAGGUAGAAGAAAGCCUGCCUUGUAAUGUUUGAAACAUUUGUAACAGUUUUAUCAAGACGAUUGAUAAUAACCUUGCUUUGUUUUUGUUUUUUAAAGUUAAUUCAGUAAGUUAUGCUACCUCUAUAUCAUUCAAUGUUUUAGAUUGAGGAAAGAUUAAAACUUAUGCAAUUCCUGAGUGUAGAAACUCCUUGCACUUAUUUACAAUUUAGGAGAGAAUGGUUAAGCCACUCAGGUAUGAAAUUUUUCAGACACUGAAAUCCCUCUAGCGGAGAGUUUUAACAUUAUAUUUUGAGAGUUUUGGGUGCUGUAGGGCCAAAUGUUUCUGGGCAUAUUUGGCCAGUUUUUAAUGUUAAACCAUUACUUAGACAUUCACCAAAUGUUUACACGUUUUCUUUAGGGAAGUAUACCAAUUGCAGAAACUACUUUAAGUAAUAUUCAUAUACAUCUACUAGGCAUUUAAGUGAUGCUCUUAAACGUUUAUUGGGUCCACUCAGGAAGUGUUACAUAUUGUCAGCAAGUUUCUUCAGCAAGAUGGUCUGUUAGUUAACCAGUAUGUUUUGAUCACCUGCUAUGUGUAAACUGCUGUUAAGGACCAGGGAUGCAGUCAUUCUUUGUUUAUCAUCCAGACAGCUUACUAUAGUCAUGGUUGACAUAAAAUGGUAAAAUAUCUAACAUGCCAAAAAUGCUCAUGCUAGUUAGUGCCAAGAAGAAGUUUCUGGCAUAUUCCAAGUCCUUCUUUUGCUCCUGUUGUAUGCAUUUCUCUAGGUAGAGCCUCCAUAUUCAGUUUUGUGAAGAGCCCUUUUACUUUUUUAAAUUCUAGGGACCGAUACCACUGUUGAUAGUGCAGAGAAAGCCCCCACAUUUUUCAGUGCAUAAUUUAGUCCUUUGUAAAUGCCUUCUUGUUAUCUGAGCAGAAUGUAUGAGGUGUGCCAUCUCAAAACCAGCUGCUACUCUAUCCUUUUGAUACAAAAGUCACUACCCUCCACUGUGGCCUAGCUGAUGUCUGAUAAGUAUUGUCAGUGUGCAAAAGGCUUUACUCCAGAAUGUUUUAUUUAUAGCAAGCCAAGUCUGAAAGUUUAGUAACACAAGUCUCUUUGUGGAUGGAUGUUUUUAACUGUAAUUAUUGUUGCCCAGAGCCAUGGGUUUUUAACCCCCAGUUAUCCACAUAAUGUGUAUUAUUUGUUGAACUCUUUAGAAUAAGUUUUUGUGGAAGAGAACUGUGAAAACAGUGAGGCACUUGUGUGUGCACUAGAUAGAGUCUGUCAGUAUUGUGCUUUUGUACAGGAUAUUUUUAAUGACAACAUUCACAAAGGGUCUUACCUUUGAAAAAGUAUCUUCUGCCUAUUACUCAGUUGCCACUGUUAUAAAAGAAAUAUAUUAGUGUUUUGUUUAUACUAAAACGUAAAUGCAAGAGUACAAUUUUUAAAUUCUAGAAGUUAGAAAUUCUUUCAUUGGAGAAAAAUGGACUGACUCUAGCCAUUCAGUCUUAUUAAGACUUUUAUGCAUUGAAACCAACGUAGACAUAAAAUAAACAGUGCCAAUAUUCAUAGUAAAGUGAGAAAUGGUUAAUAUUUGGUUUUGUUUGUUCUACUCAGCAGUUUUUAACGGUACACUAAAAUUUUUCCUUUUGCUUCUUGGUGUUUUUCAAAAUUGUUUAAUUCUUGAUUUGUCAUUUAUUUAAGAUGAAACUAGAAUUUUAAAGUGAUUGGUAUUGCAUAUAAAAUGUCAAAUUUAUUUUACUUUUUUUUUUAAAUGGAAGUAAAUUUAUUUGUCUUAAGUUAAAUCUUCAUUUCUGGACUUCCUGGAUACUUUAAUUAUAACUGUCAGUGUUGUACUGGUCAGUAUGUGGAAACAUAUUGUUCUGUCCUAGUCCUUACAUUUAUUUGUGAAUGAACUCACAAUAAUGAGGAAUUUAUUAAAAAUGUAUUUCUUUUUUAUGUUAUAAGCAGUUGCACCUGUAACUGAUUUGUUAAAACAUGCUACAUGUCCAAAAAUAAAGAAUAACAUUUUGACAGUUUUCUCAA